AUGGAGUUGGUGGCUUGUGUUCCCGAUCAAAUCAUAGAGCAGGUUAGUGUUGGUGCUACGCUAGCCAAUGAAAGAUUCUAUGCCUUUCUUGCCCAGCUCUCGGAGUUGGGCUUCUAUAAACUGAAUGAAACCGUCAGCUGGUGCUAUGAUGCUGUGGCUGGCACCGUCGACUUUCAAACAGGGGAUCUUAGAGAAGAUGAGAUCCGUCUGCUGUGUCUCUGGCUCAUCUACGCGCCCAACAAACUCCGACAAGAUGCUCUACUGAGAAGGGAAGAUCGGCCCGGUCCUUUUAGGCCGGAAUUUUGGGGCCUAUGGAAACAGAUUUUGGUUCAAUACCAGGAUAAAUUUGAGGAUAAUGACACCCAAGACUUGAUCUUCAAAGCUCAAGCAUGCAUGGCGGGUGUUGAAAAUUCAAUAUAG